GGCGGGGCCGUAGCGGGCGCGGUGGGGGAACGAGAUGAGCAGCGCCGGCGCCGCUGCAAGAUGCUGGAUGGACACGUCCUGCUGGGAUGGCUCUCCUCCUGCGCGCUCCUAGGGCUGCUCGCCUGCGCCCCGCGGCCCUCCGCCGCCUACUUCGGGCUGACAGGGAACGAACCCCUGACCAUCCUCCCUCUGACCUCAGAAAUGGAGGAAGCUGCCAUCAAAGCCCACUACAAAGUCUGUGACCGCCUGAAGCUGGAGAAGAAGCAGCGCAGGAUGUGCCGGCGGGACCCCGGCGUGGCUGAGACCUUGAUGGAGGCAAUCAGCAUGAGUGCACUGGAGUGCCAGUACCAGUUUCGCUUUGAGCGCUGGAACUGCACCCUUGAGGGUCGCUAUCGGGCCAGCUUGCUAAAGAGAGGUUUUAAAGAGACAGCCUUCUUGUACGCCAUCUCCUCCGCAGGGCUGACACAUGCCAUGGCCAAGGCAUGCAGCGCGGGGCGGAUGGAGCGUUGCACCUGCGAUGAGGCUCCUGAUCUGGAGAACCGUGAGGCUUGGCAGUGGGGUGGCUGCGGUGACAACCUGAAAUACAGCAACAAGUUUGUCAAGGAGUUCCUGGGGAGGAAGCCCAACAAGGAUCUGCGAGCCAGGGUGGACUUCCACAAUAACCUUGUGGGCAUGAAGGUCAUCAAAGCUGGAGUGGAGACAACCUGUAAAUGCCAUGGUGUAUCUGGAUCCUGUACUGUUCGAACGUGCUGGAGGCAGCUCUCUCCAUUCCAUGAAAUAGGGAAGCAGCUGAAGCAGAAGUAUGAGACAUCGCUCAAAGUGGGCAGCACUACCAAUGAGGCCACAGGAGAAGGAGACAUCUCCCCACCCAAGAAGUCCAUCCCUGGUCACAGUGAUCAAAUCCCAAGGACUACGGAUCUUGUCUACAUUGACGAUUCCCCAAGCUUCUGUAUGAUGAGUAGAUACUCACCUGGGACUUCAGGAAGGAAAUGUUACAAAGACAAGAACUGUGACAGCAUCUGCUGUGGGCGAGGGCACAAUACACAGAGUCGGGUGGUCACCCGUCCAUGCCAGUGCCAGGUCCGUUGGUGCUGCUAUGUGGAAUGCAAGCAAUGCACCCAGAGAGAAGAGGUUUAUACCUGCAAAGACUGACGUGUCUUCUGCUUGAUGGCAACCCUUGGUGAUGGGUGAUGGCGAUCUAUAAGAACUGCAUAUGGAGACAAACAGGGUUUGAUUGACCUUCUGGGAUCUGAAAGCUAUGUUGAGACAUAAGCACUUUGUAGGGUA